AUGUCCAAGGACUUGGUGACGUUUGGGGAUGUAUCUGUGAGCUUCACCCAAGCGGAGUGGGAAUGUCUGAACCCCACGCAGAGGAGCCUGUACCGGAAGGUGAUGCUGGACAACUACAGAAGCCUGGUGUCCCUGGGAAUUUCUAUUCAUAAGCCUGAUGUGAUCACACUAUUGGAACAAGGAAAAGAGCCCUGGAAGUCAAGGAAGGAGGCGCCCAGGGGCGCAAGCCAAGAUUGGGAGUAUGUACUUAAAAACAGCGAAUUCUCAUCAAAGCAAGACAUCUAUGAAGAAUCCGCUAAGGUAAUCGUCCCAAUGGGAAGGAGCCAGCUUCAUCACAGCCUGCAUUGUCCCAACUUGAAAGAUGGCUGUGACAGGCAGGACUUGUUCCAGCACAAGCUGAGGACCCGGGAGGUACAUUUUAGCCCGUUGAUGGUCACUCAUAAAGAGAUUCUCCGGGAAGAUGGAAGUACAGGGCGUAUUCCAGCUUGGCAAGCAUUCCGUCAGGGUGCAGUUCUAGACCUACGACAGCACUUCCCCAGGAAACAAAGAGCACACAAGCACCAGCCACAAAAGAGAAGUUCUCGAAAAAGGUCCAGUGACAGGAAACUAAAGAACAUCUGUAUGGAAAGGAGACUUCUGAAGUGCACCGAAUGUGACAAAGUCUUCAACCAGAGCUCCUCGCUCACGCUGCACCAGAGAAUCCACACUGGAGAGAAGCCCUAUGCGUGUGUCGAAUGUGGGAAAUCCUUCAGCCAGAGUGCAAACCUGGCACAGCACAAGAGAACACACACGGGGGAGAAGCCCUACGAGUGUAAGGAAUGUAGGAAGGCCUUCAGCCAGAAUGCACACCUCGCUCAGCAUCAGAGAGUUCACACUGGAGAGAAACCUUACCAGUGCACUGAGUGUAAAAAGGCCUUCAGUCAGGUCGCACACCUGACUCAGCACCAGCGGGUCCACACCGGAGAGAGGCCAUUCGAAUGCAUCCAAUGCGGAAAGGCCUUUAGUAACGGCUCAUUUCUCGCUCAGCAUCAGCGAAUUCACACGGGAGAGAAACCGUAUGUGUGCAAUGUGUGUGCAAAAGCCUUUAGCCAUCGUGGAUAUCUAAUUGUGCAUCAAAGAAUUCAUACUGGGGAGAAGCCGUAUGAGUGUAAGGAAUGUCAGAAAUCCUUCAGCCAGUACGCGCACCUCGCCCAGCAUCACCGAGUUCACACAGGAGAGAAACCAUAUGAGUGCAAUGUGUGCAGGAAGGCCUUCAGCCAGGUCGCAUACCUUGAUCAACACCAGAGGGUCCACACCGGGGAGAAGCCCUAUGAAUGCACCCAGUGUGGGAAAGCCUUCAGCAACAGCUCAUCACUCACACAACAUCAGAGAAGUCACACUGGAGAAAAACCUUUUAUGUGCAAGGAAUGUAGGAAAACAUUUAGCCAGAAUGCAGGUCUAGCCCAACACCAGAGAAUCCAUACUGGAGAGAAGCCAUAUGAAUGCAACGUGUGUGGGAAAGCCUUCAGCUAUAGUGGCUCCCUGACCCUGCACCAGAGAAUCCACACUGGAGAAAAGCCUUAUGAAUGUAAGGACUGCAGGAAAUCUUUCAGACAGCGUGCACACCUUGCUCAUCAUGAGAAAAUUCAUUCGAUGGAAUCAUUCUUGGUCCUCUCCUCUCCCUUGCCCUCUACAUCCAGCCAGUUGCCAAGGGCUGUAAGCUUUAUCUCUUAACUGGAAUCCCACCCAUCAAUCCAUUUCAUCAUCUUUGUGCAACACACAUUCACCUGUUCAACAGGAAUGUGGAACAGCUUCAGAACAGGUGUCCCUGGCCGGGUGCUAGUGGCUCACGCCU